AUGGCGCCACGAUCAAAAGCCGAGCGCCAGGUGGCGGCAACUGUUACCAAUGACGCCGAAAUGUCCGAUGCAGGGAGCUCCGACUGGGAGAUUGACAACAACAACAACGACAAAGGCGGCAAACGGCGAGCCGCUCUCGUGCUGGACAAAGACGCGGAGGAAGAAGACCUGGAGCGGCUGGUGCUGGGCGACCGGGCAGGCUUCCGUGCCCAGCUGUUUGGCGGUAGUGGCGACAUUGUCGGUGACGCCGGCCGGUCGCUGGACGAGCUGGCUCUGGCUGUGAUGGACGAUCGCGGCGAAGACCGCGAAGACAACCCGUUUGAAGAUGCCGAGGACGCACACAUGUUUUUGUACGACGAGUCGAUGCAGCCACACACAUCGUUUGCCUCGACCACGACGAAGCAAAUCAAGGCCUCCGGCACCGAAAACGGCCCCGAUCCGAAUGCGCCGGCAUGGGAGGACAGCGACGACGAGCGGCUGGUGGUGUCGUUGGCCGGGCGGACGCAGCUGCGCAAGCUACGGCGGACAGAGGGCGAGGACAUGGUGAACGGCACGGUGUACGCGGCGCGGCUGCGGCAGCAGUACUUGCGGCUGAACCCGCAGCCGGGAUGGGCGGUCGAGGCAGACAAUGCCCGGCUGGAGCGGCUGCAGCUGCGGAGUGGCGGCAAGAAGAAGGAGAAAAGGGAGAAGAAGGAAAAGAAGAGCAAGAAGAAAGCGCGUAGACGGUCAUCUGCGGCUGCUGCUGCUGGCGACAAUGAUCUGUCCGACGAGGUGCGGAAUAGCGACUCCGACUCAAACCUGGAUGCCGCCUCCGACACGUCUUCGGAUUCUGACUCGUCCGACGACGAGGCCAGCUAUGAGCUGCUUGGGUCGGCCCUGCCCCUCGACGCCCUGCUGCGCAGCACCAGUGCCAUGGCCAGCGCCAGCCAGAUGCUCUUUGCCAAGGGCGGCAAGGGUGGCGUCGACCGUGCCCGCCGGCUGCGGCCCGAGGUCAUAGACAUCCAGAAGACACGCGACAUCCCGACACCGCACGCCGGCCCUGUCGGUUCCCUCAGCUUCCAUCCCGCCUACAACGUCUUGCUGUCGUCCAGCACCUCCUGCAUGCUGCAUCUGCACCAGAUCGCGCCCGGCGCCCACCCGACGCCCAACCCCCUGCUGACGUCGGUGCGCGUGCGCCGCACACCCGUGCGCCGCUCCGACUUUUUGCUUGACCCGUCGUCCGCGUCGACCGACGCCCACCAGAUUGUGUUUGCCGGCCGCCGUCGCUUCUUCCACACCUGGGACCUGGCCACCGGCAAAGUCCAAACGAUCCACCGCGUCCAGGGCCACGCGCUCGAGCACCGCAGCAUGGAGCGCUUCCGUUUGAGUCCCGCCGGCACGCACAUGGCGCUGGUCGCGACCGACCGCAAGCGUGGCGGCAUUGUCAACGUGCUGGACGUGCAGACGAUGCAGUGGGUGGCACAAGCGCGGCACGAGAGCGUGGGCGGCGUGGCGGACCUGCAGUGGUGGCGCGACGGCAGCGGCAUGACGAUUCUGGGCCGCGACGGGAGCGUGGGCGAGUGGAGCCUGGAGGCGCGGCGGUUUGUGGGCGUCUGGCGCGACGACGGCUCGACGGGCGGCACGGUGCUGGCCCUGGGCGGCGGACAGGUGGCCGGCCAGACCGGUGGUCCUGCGAUGCUGGGCGGCGACCGGUGGGUGGCCAUUGGCAGCAAGACGGGCAUUACCAACCUGUACGACCGUGCGCAGCUGGUCGAGACGAACGGCGCGGCCACCACCGUCGUGGCCACUCCCACGCCGCUGCGUGUCCUGGAGCAGCUCGUGACGCCCAUUACGAGCAUCUCGUUCACGCCCGACGGCCAGCUGAUGGCGUUUGCCAGCAAGCACAAGCAAGACGCGCUGCGGCUGGUGCACCUGCCGAGCGCCACGGUGUACCGCAACUGGCCCACGAGCAAGACGCCGCUUGGCCGCAUCACGGCCGUGGCCUUUAGCCGGGACAACGAUUUCUUGGCUGUGGGCAACGAUGCUGGCAAAACACGUCUUUGGGAGAUUCGGGCUUGA